AUGGCCCCCAAAACCAUUCAGCAUAUCUCUUUGCCCGAAGCUCGGGGCCUCAAAUACGAUGAAUCCGACAUGGCUCUGUUCCAUGCCAAACUCUCCUAUCACUCCACGAUCGAAGCCCGGAAGGCCUCCGCAGACAACAACCUCCGCUCCAUAUCCGAUCACCAAGCGCGUAUCAUCAAACGCUGGGAGAUGCUCAAGCAGGUGGAGAAGGAGAUGACGGAAAAAGGCAAGAGCCUGUCGCCGGCCGAGAGGAGCCAGCUGGCGCAAUACGAAUGGCGAUUCAAAACCCUGGAGGAGCUAGCGAAAAACUCAUGA